AUGUCACUUGAAUUAUCAGGAACCUCCCCAUAUGCUUUUUAUGCUUUCUAUACCCUUUACAACUAUUUGAAUAACAAUAAUAAAUCGCACUCCCUUAAUUCAACGAAGAACUUCUUAAAGAUUUGUCAAACAUUAUAUCCAGAUUAUAGAGUCAACCCCGUUGAGAGGACCUCAUUAUUUAUUACCUGGAAUAAAAAAUCUAAGAAAUCAGAUAAAUACAGUUUAAGAGGUUGUAUUGGUACAUUUGCCAGGCCUGCCCUGGUUCAUGGAAUUGAAAAAUAUUCAUUGGUGGCAGCUUUACAGGAUAACAGAUUUCCACCGAUCUCUAAGAAAGAAUUACAGUUAUUAAAAUGCAGCUGUAAUAUCCUACAAAAUUUUACCACAAUUUAUGAAGGUUCUAAGGGUGAUAUCAACGAUUGGGAAAUUGGAUUACAUGGAAUUGAACUUUUCUUCAAGGAUCCAGGUUCAGGUAUUACAUUGAGUGCAACCUUCCUACCUGAGGUAAUGUCGGAACAAAACUGGGAUAAAGAGGAAACGUUUUUAAAUUUAAUCUACAAAGCUGGUGUUAGUUCUCAUUUGCAAGAGGUUUUGGAUCAUUAUGAACAAUAUUUUGUCCAAGUGAUAAGGUAUGAAGGUAACAAAAGUGCAAUUACUUACGAACAAUUUGAAUCUCAAUUAGAGAAAUUAGAGUAA